UAUGAUUUAUAACAGUAGAAAACUUUUUGUUGUUUAAGCCCUAACAAUUUACAUAUUAAGGAAUAACGAAUUUUGUCAGUCGCGAAUAUAAGCGCUUUUUGUUCGUUAGUCACCUUGACCACAGCAAUUUCGGAGAUUCUUCACGAUAUCUUUGUAAAACAUACAAACAGUGAGCUGUGUUUCUUUAUUAACUUUAGUCUUUUAACGACUGCUUAUUUUUGGCUACUUACCGUAUUUUCUACGAUCAAUUAAAACAAUUAUUAUCGCAAUGAGUGAUACUUCUACGGAUAACGAAGAAAAUGCUAAACAAUUACAACAGCAGACACAAAAAACUAUAAUCGAUGACCCAAAUGUUGAACAAAUUGAAGCUGAUGAAGAUUUACUUUCAGAGUUGCCGAAUGAUAUUGAUGCUAUAGACUUGAUCAAUGCAAGAGUUUCGAGCAUGGGAAAUCUUGGACUGCAGAGAUUUACCAAUUUAGAGAAUUUAUGCCUUCGCCAAAAUCGAAUUCAUAAAAUUGAAUGUGUUCCGACAAGCUUGAAAGAAUUGGAUCUUUACGACAAUCUUAUUACAAAAAUUGAAGGUUUGGAACAGAGCACAGAUCUGAUUAAUUUGGAUCUGUCAUUCAAUAAUAUCAAGAAAAUUAAGAAUGUUGAUCAUCUAAAGAAUUUGGAAAAUUUGUACUUUGUACAGAACCGCAUUCGAAAGAUUGAGAAUUUAGAGGGCCUAAGUAAACUAACUAACCUUGAACUUGGUGGAAACAAAAUCCGUGUUAUCGAGAACUUGGAUACUCUUAAGAAUUUAAAGGAAUUAUGGUUAGGAAAGAACAAGAUUACUGUACUACAGAACUUGGAAAAUCUCACAAACUUGCGACUUCUUUCAAUUCAAUCCAAUCGUAUACUGCGUUUUGAAAAUUUAUCUGGUUUGGCUAAUUGUUUGGAAGAACUUUAUAUUUCGUACAAUGGUCUGACAUCUCUGGAAGGAAUUGAAGUGCUUACAAACUUGCGAACUCUUGACGUUUCAAAUAACCGUAUUGAACAUCUUACCCAUCUGAAGGGCUUAAAGCAUCUUGAAGAAUUGUGGGCAAGCAACAACCAGAUCUCUUCAUUUGCAGAAGUCGAAGAGCAACUCGGUGAUAAAGAAGAGCUGAACACCGUGUACUUUGAAGGAAAUCCGUUACAGACAUCCAAUCGCGCUGCGUAUGUCAACAAAGUUCGACUUUGUUUACCCCAAAUUCGCCAACUAGAUGCUACCUUUUUGUCCGCUCAAACUACUUUUGCGAAACCUUAAGAUCUUUGAUUGGUCACAUACCGAACGUUUACUUUGCAUUUUUGCUCCUAAAAAAUGCAAUAAUAGUUUAUGAUGAUUUAUCUGAAUAAAAUAAUUUACAAAAGAG